GUGAUCAACCCUGGCUACGUUUACUUCGUCUCUCCAGUGCCCAAACUUUCGCGUCUUUCAACGAGCUACUUCUGAUUCAUCAACCUUUGCGCAACAUGCCUCAGUCGACUGGAGACGCCGCUGGCGAGGGAAACAAAUUUGCGAAGCCAUGCGUCAUGAUGAUCGGUGGCUUGGAUGGCCCCAUGUUCGGCGGAAAAGGUCUCGUCGUUGACUCCCACAUGGGCGUGGAAAUUGUUUCGCAGAAGACUGUCGUUGUCACUCCUUGUGGCUACGCAGCACCGCCUUGGAUGGGCUUCAAUUUGACUAUCCCCCUCGGUGUUUACCCACGUGCUUCGAACAACACCCCUCACAAGUUUCCCGAAGUCUAUCGCUGUGAGUGUUUGGACUGCCAUAGCCCGUAUUACUGACACACGAAUGGGGGCUUAUUACUUUACAGUUGAAGGCACGACAGACGUGAUGGUCCCGGCUGAUGAGGUUACCACCGAUGUCCAGUUCCCACGAGGCCAAAUUGUCUCGACCAUCUACCCACUGGAUCCUGCCAUACGUCACAAGUUCACUGGCGACGGAGACAUGACCGUAGUCGAGGUCUGCCUCAAAGAUGGUGCAGAACUCAAUGUGGGUGGCUUGGGGAUGCCCUCUCGGUUGCCUUUCCACCCCUUCAGGGCGUAUUUCACGGCAACCGAGCCCGUUGUUGGUGGCAAAACUAUGGCCGACAUUAUCAAUCAGCGGAAAUUCACUUUCGUUGUCUCUGUUCCUCAGAGUGUGGUGGCCGCCGAAUGGGACGAAGCCAAGCUGUCGCCCUAGAAGAUGCACCUGCCACCCUGGAAUACCACCCGACAGAUGUCAGAAGAUUGGAGGUUUGGGCUCAAUUUCGCCCGUCAAAAAUGGCCCGCCCGAGGCUCAGGGAAUAGCAUCCAUGAUGGCCCACUGAACAUCAAAGACGACACAACAGGCGGCGGAAUAGGGCAACGGCGGGGGAAUGGUGCCCAAGUGAGAGGUG